AAGACUACUAGUUGAACCGGAGUUGGUUUGAGAAUUACAAAAAAAAUUAUGAUCUACUUGAAACCUCUGCUUCCGUCAGAGGUGUUAGCUUCUUCUUCAUUCAAAAAGUCAGCAAUAUCAUUACGGAUGCAGAGUCUAUGUGCUCCUCCUCUACACUUUCCGGCCACCGCACUCCGUCGUUGUCGAACUCCGAGGUCCGCAGUUCGUUCCUUACGAGCAGAGCGUAGAGAAGAAAACGACCCUUUGAUUCAAUCAGCUUUAGAUUCAGCAUCUCUUCGUCUGCGAGAAACCAAUCGAACAGAGCCUCUAUUCAUCGACCCAUAUGCCGCUUGUUUCUUACCUCCUUACCCAAAGAAGGAAUUGGACACCAAUGAACAACAACAUUACUGUCUUGCAACAAAGUUUAUCGAUGACAAGUUGUUAGAUAUAGCCAAACGCAUUGAUGGGCUAAAGCAGGUUGUCUUGUUCACAGAUGGCAUGGAUACUCGACCUUAUAGGCUUAAUUGGCCAACUUCCACUAUGAUUUUUGAUGUAUCACCUGAAAAGGUUUUUGAAAUAGCAUCUGAAAAGCUUCAAGGCGUGGGAGCUAGGAUCCCUAAAAGUUGCUUAUUCUUUCACAUUCCCGUGGAAUCCGGGAACAUAGAGCAACGUUUACGCUCCAAAGGGUUUAGUGGGAAUCGACCAAGUAUAUGGGCAAUGCAGGGUUUACCUUACGAGUCACAAUCAGGUUUUGAAGCUAUUCUAUCAGCCAUUAGUAGUUUGGCCAUGAAUGAAUGCUAUCUCAUAGGAGAAUUGCCUACAAAUAUAACACUCCAGUCAGAUUUGUCAAAUUGGAUGGAGAAACUGUUCAUGAGCAAUGGUUUUCGGGUGAAAGUAGUUAGCUAUGAAGAGAUUGCUGCGAGUUUAGGUGUUGCAUUACCUUCACCAGUAAACCAUGACACGGUUCUGUUUAUCGCACAACAGCUCAAGUUUUCAGAUGAUCAGAUGGAGAAAUGGAGACAAGAAUUUCAAAGAGUGGAAGAAGACGGAGAUGAACAAGGAUUUGAAGAGCUCUGAAAGAAACAAACAAUAUGUCUCUUAAUAAAUAAGACAAAUUACAAAGCAAAACUUUUUCUUUUCGGAUCAAAAUUUGUGUCUAAACAAGUUUGAGAAAACAAAAAUCUUGGGAGCUAAGCUUUAGUCUUUAGCUUGGACUUAA